AUGAAUUUGCACUGGAAACUCGGCAUGUGGACUAAUAAAGACAAAGCCUACAAGAACCGCCACAUUCUACAUGAACUUGGUCAUAUUCUUGUGCAGAGCAUGAGCAGUCCUCCCCCGGGUUUUAUGCAACGUACAAAUGGAAAGAAACCAAAAGUCUUAGACUAUUAUGGAGGUAAAACCAAAACCUUCGAGGAAAAUUUCUACCUCUCUACAGAUGAUAAAAGUGCAAUGAAGGAUACAUACAAGAAAAAGUGGAAGGAGUGGAAGAAAACCAGUGCCAAAGACAAGAAGACCACCAACAAGACCGCAGGAAAACCUACGGGCAAGACCACUGCGACCCUGGAGGACGCACCGGAGGAAGAACCGGAGGGAGACCAGGUGGAAGGACAGGUGGAAGGACAAGUGGAAAGACCGGCGGGAGAACAGGAGGACAUGCAGCAGAAGGUACUGGGGAAUACACUGGAGUUUUUACAGGAGGUGGAGUCUCAACCGGUUUUGGUACUUGGGGAACAAGGUACAACACCAAUCUGUGGCAAAACAUCACUUCAUAUCCUACAUAUAACACUCUACAGAGUAACCCGAUUUCCUACCAAGCCACGACUACCGGCAACAUCUGCGGCAAUCCGAGUUGUGGUCAGACGUUUACUUGCACGGCUGACUAUAACCGAUGCGUUCAGAGAAUUGGCUAUCCUGGGGUUACUGUAA